AUGAGCGUAUGGAUUCUGAGCGUGUCGGAUCUUGAGAAGACUAUGAAAGAUGGGUAAGGAAUAAAAAUUCGGUGAAAAAAUCAAGAAUAAAUUUUUUUUAAAAACGGGAUUUUUUGACGCCAAAAAUUAAUCUUUCUGGCGACAAAAAAAAAAGACUUUUUUAUCCAUCUAAAUGCCCUUUGUGGUAAAAAAACUUCAAAAAAUCAUUGAAAUUUGCAUAAAAUUAAAAAUUAUGAAAACGGAAAUUAAAUUCGCCCUGAGGCAAUUCGGUUAGAAUAUAAAUUUAAAGGUAAAUUAUGGUGUAUCAACGUGUUUUACAUCGUUUUUGUCGUUCGUUUGUUGUCUUUUGGUGUGUGUGACGUAAAUAUAAUUUUUUCCGCAUAGUGCGAUAUAAUUUCCAAAAAAUUAAAUUUCGCUGGAACAGCACAAAUAUUUUUUAAAAUACGGAACGUUUAGCCCAUGCUUUGGCACAAAUAAUCAAUGCACAGUGCGAAAAAAAUUCGUUUUGAAUUGCACUGUGCAACAAAACACAAAAUUUUUGAAAAUUUAAAACUUUCUAUUUUAAAAUACGUAACGCUUAUAUACGUCUUAUAUGUUGUUUUUUGAACUCAAUAGUCAUAAUUUUUCCUUAUAAAUCCCCAAAAAUCUCAUCUGAUCCAGCUGUCCGACGGGACCGCAUUAUGCGUUGUGUAGCGGAAUUCCCUUCAAUGAGUCAUGAUACGUCCAGAAAAUUAUUGUUAGAGCAUCAUAACUAAAAUAUUCCAUUAGUUUUGACCCAAAUUUGAGAUUUUUUCCGUAUCAGAUGGGUAGUGUAAUAUAAUUUUUGUGUAAUAGCUAAUUUUAAGUCACUCGUAAUAAGCUGACAAAAUGUGAUGUGAUGGUAUUAUAAGGCUAAUUAGUUGUUUUAAAGUGCCCAUGAUGUUUUUACGUUUAAUUACUUAAAAAAUGAUCAAAGUUUACCUAGUGCAAUAUAAUGUCUAGCUCAAUAUGGGGUAAACUUUUGAGCUGAAGGAUUUUAAAAUAGUCUUUUCUGAAGGCUUAUUAGGCCAUUUUCGCGCUCUUGUGUCAUUUUAUGGUACCGGAAAUCGCCAAAAAUGAUCAAAAUUUGGCUAGUACAAUAUAAUUUCUUGCUCAAUAUCUGAGAAAAAUUUGUGAUUCCCAAUUAGGAAAUUGUACGAUAAUCAUGCCUAGAGGCUAACUAGCUCUUUUCAAGUGCCCACGACUUUGUUAGUACCGUCUAAUUACUCAAAAAAAUCAUCCAAAUUCACCUAGUGCAAUAUAGAAACUUCCUUAAAAUGACUUGAAUUUUUCCCGACAAAAGAGAUUUCUGAUCCCGCCAAAUUUUCUCUUACAUAUAGCACGUUGUCAUCAUUUUGAAAUGGCGUUUUUUCCUUCCCCAUAACUUGCAAAUAUCGCCGGCGGACCGCAUUUUUUGCGCAUUUCUCUGGAGACCCGCGAAAGUACGGAAAAAGAAAAGUACUAAGUAGCAUUGAAAUUUACUUACCGCCGCUUGAUAAGCAGAUAGUGGGCCCGUCGAAUGCGAUUAUCAGCGGCGGCCGAGAGCCCCACACGGCGUGCCGAAGGAAGACGUUUGUUGGGGGGUCUCGGUUACGGUUCGACGAAGUUCGGCGGCGUGUUUUUCGAGAAACCGGAGAGUCUUCCGGGACCUGCGCUUCGGGCACGCUUCGGGACUACUCGGUUUCGACUAUUCCUUAACACUAGCACUCAAGUUUCGGUUUAUAUUAUACUAGCGGCUACAUUGUGCUAGGUGGAAUUUGGAGAAAUUACCCGAUUUUUGGUGGAUUUAGGCCAUCUCAAGGCUUGUGUGAGCUAUUUUGGAGAAAAUAACACCAUUAUCUACCUAAAUUGCCUUUAAAAAUCUACAUUUUUGCCCAAUAUUAUACUAGGUGACAUAUUGCACUAGGCAAAUUUUGCCGAUUUUUGGUGGAUUUCUACUGCCAAAACACUUGCCUAGGCUAUUUUGAGCCUAAACACACCCUUAUCUAUCCGGACUACCCUCAAAAAUCGAGCUUUUUACCCUAUAUUAUACUAGAUCAUAUAUUGUACUUGGCAAAAUUUGACUGAUUUUUGCCAUAAAUCCAGUAUUUCCUACUGAGAAGGGCAGUGUUAACGCCAUAUCACAACUUGUCAGCUUAUUACGACUGAUUUAAAACUAGUUAUUACUCAAAAAUUAUAUUACACUACCCAUCUGAUAUGGAAAAAAUCCCAAGCUUGGAUGAAAACUAAAGACAGAUUCUGGUUAUAAUGCUCUAACAGUUGUAUUCCUGGCUUAUCAUGACUCAUCGAAGGGAAAUCCGCUACACAACGCAUAAUGCGGUCCCCUCGGACAGCUGGAUCAGGUGAUUUUUGGGGAUUUGUAGGGGAAAUUGGUGGUUAUUUGGGCUGAAAAAAUCGAUAGAUGAUAUUUGGCUAUUUUACAAUCAAAAUUUUUCACUUCGCAAAAAAUUUUUAAUAAAUUUUUAAUAAAAUUUUUUCGCACAGUGCAGCUUCAAAAAAAAUUUUUUUGCACUGUGCAGAUUUAGAAAACUUUUUGCACAGUGCGAAUUUUCCCAAAAAGCUUUUGCACAGUGCGAUUUCGAAAUUCAAAGUUUUUUCUCCGCACCGUGCAUCAACUCAAUAAAAUAUUUUUCACACAGUUCAGCGCAAAAAAAUUUUUUUUGCACAGUGCAGCUUCAAAAAAAAUUUUUUGCACUGUGCGAAUUUUCCCAAAAAAUUCUCGCACUGUGCGAAAUUCAAUUUUUUUCUUCGCACUGUGCAAAACCCAAUAAAAGAUUUUUCGCACAGUGCAAUUCAAAAAGAACUUUUGCACUGUGCAAUUUUUCGAAAAAAAAUUCCGCACUGUGCGAAUUUUCCCAAAAAAUUCUCGCACUGUGCGAAACCCAGACUUUUUUCUCCGCACCGUGCAAAAACUCAAUAAAAGAUUUUUCGCACAGUGCAAUGCAAAAAAAAUUCUGCACAGUGCGAAUUUUCCCAAAAAAAAUCCCGCGCUGUGCGAAACAGAGAUUUUUUCUCCGCACCGUGCAAAAACUCAACAAAACAUUUUUUGCACAGUGCAAUUUCCGAAAAAAUACAAACUUGAAAUUUCGUAUUUUACGGCUGUGCUUGAGUUGUACUACAUGCCUCUUGUGUUUAUUUGUCGUGUGCUGAUGAUUAAUUAGCGACUUUGGGCGGGUUAUUGUCACCUGUCAUGGAACCCAAACUCACCUGUCAAUUAAAAGCGCGUUUCCAGCGGCUUAAUGAGAAGGCGAGCUGGUUGGGCCAAUUGUAAACGAAGAUUGUUUGGGCGAGUUGGCACAAUUGGAAGAUUAGGGAGAGGGAUUUUGGGAUUUUUUGAAAUUUGAAACGGGAUUCUUUGAAAAUUUUUUUAAAUUUGGAACAAAAAAAUCAAAUGUACAAUAAAUUUUAGAGUAUUAGCAAGUUUUUAUAAUUGAAAUUGAAGGAAAAUUUUUUAUUUUUUUGUGGAAAAAAUUGGAAUUUUUAAUUUUUCUCGAUUUUGAAAAUUUCACUCAAAAAAUCAAAAAUUUUUUUGGAAAACAUUGUGAAAUAGGGCAGUCACAUCAUAAAAAUUUUAGCUACUCAAAAAUUUUUUGCAUUACAUCACCUUAAUUUACCAUUUUUUCGAGAAUUUUUGAGUAUUCUCUCCAAUUUCCCCUUUUUUCCAAAAAAAUGUUUACGUCUCGACAGAAAAAAGCCUUCCAAAAGCCCUGAGGGCAUGUCCGAGUCGCGCAUUCCUUUGUAUGAAUAACGCACUUAGUUCACUUGUACAAUUUUAUGCCCAAAAAAGUUUAUUUUCGCCCCGUCCCCUUCCCAUUUUUGGCUUGAUGCCCUGCGGGUCUUAUUAGCUUCGUUCCGGAGGGGGGUUGAAGGGAGUCGAAGGUCGGGCGUGUUUGAUGCCCUCCAAGGUUAUUGCAGGCCCGCAGAGAAUGGGAGAAUGUCGGCGGAGCAUGUAGAGCAUCACCAUCAUCAUGUGGUCUCGGCCGAUUCUCCGCUCCUCCUGGAGCUGUUGGGCGGCACGGCGAAUCGACAAGGGUCAGGAAGUCGCUCGUUGAUUAUCAGCUUGUCGUGGUGUGAUUUUUUGUUUUGAUUUUUUAACUUUUUUCCACGGCACUGUGCAGUACAAACUUAUCUCCACUGCACAGUGCAGAUCAAAUUUUGAUUUUAAUUUUUUUCGCUGUGCGAUUUGCAAAAAUAAAAAAAAUAUGGUCUAGUUGAUAGACAGCUUCAUAAUAUUAUACACUACUAUUAUUUUUAACUCAAUUUUUUAUUUUCCCGCUGCAGAAAUCGAAAAUCUCUAAAUCCAUCGCACUGUGCGAUAAAAAUUUUGAUUUUGAUUUUUUUCACUGUGCGAUUUGUAAAAAUAAAAAAAAUAUAGCCUAGUUGAUAGACAGCUUCAUACUCUUUCGCACUACUAUUUUUUCGACUCAACUUUUUAUUUGCACGUCGCUGAAAUCGCGAAAAAUCUAUACCCACCGCACUGUGCGAUAAAAAUUUUAACUUUCGGUCUUUGAACUGUGCGACUAACCAAAAUUAAAAAUUCAUUUCUUCUGUUGAUUAAAAACUUGCAGCUUUGUUACCAGCAAAAUUUUCAAUUUUGUUUUCCCCCUGCACGGUGCAAGAAUAUACGAAAUUUAUUUUUUGACGGCACAGUGCGGAAGAAUUGAAUUUUUUGCGGUAAACAACCUUCAUUUCUCCCAUUCGACUUCUGGUUCCUUCAAACUUUCUUUUUGAGCCAUGCAACUCCCCAAAGCCAGACAAAUCCCCCACCGCACAGUGCAAGAAACUAAUAACUUGAAAAGCGCGGUGCAUUUUAAUGAGUGUUGUGUUUGAUGUGGUGUCUGUGUCUCCAUGGGUUCUGCUUGACCCCAAAAAACUUUGUUCUUCCUUGUUCAAUGAACCGUGAAUGCAGAACGAAUCAAGAAUUCAGCUGCACUGUGCGAUGACGCGGAAUUUGUUGAUUGCACAGUGCAGGAGGGGUAAAAUUGUGAAAAAUAAAAUUGAAAUGGAAAUUCUAGGUGGUAAAAAAAAUUUCGACAGAAUAAAAAAUUUUGAAAAGUUCAAACUUUUGCACGGUGCAAAGAAAUAUUUUCGCCGCACAGUGCGAAAACAAAAAAGUUAUGUUUUUGGGUAAAUUUUGUGUUGUAAACAUGUCUAUGACGUGUCCGUAUUUUGCAAGUAAGAAUAAAUCCAAAAAAAAACUCAAAGUUUGUUAUUGUAGUAACACAAAAAUAAAAAAAAUGCAAUUUUUUUCUAAUUUUUUCUCCAAUUUCAGUACUGCGGGUCAUAAAUUUAAUCGACUGUCGUCGGAUAUCAGCGAGAUUGCGAGUUACAUGCAUGAUAUCCGAAUAUGUUUCAUGGCACUCACCGUUACCGUGUACAUCGUGCUAGGCAUCAUCGGGAUGCGCGCGUUCUGCGCCAAACGGCAAAAAAAUCGCGCCAACGCACGAAGGCCUCGAGGGCAAUGGGAGUACGGGGUAAGUUUUGAUAUAUUUUUUGUCAUUAAAGGCAUUUUUUACCUUCAAAAAUUUCGAUUUCUGCCAUUUCUGACAAAAAAAUUGACUGCACAGUGCAGUAUUUCUUUUUGACUAUUUUUCUCAUUGCACCGUGCAAAAUUUUAGAUGAAGCUAAUUUGUAGAAUAUUUUUUGAAGGCUCUAGACAACAGUGAAUACCACUUUUGCCAUGCAGAUUAAAAUCUUUACCCGUUUUUGGAAGAAAAAAAUUUGAGUGCACGGUGCAGAGCCUUUUUUAGCCUAUUUUUGGCCUUGCACUGUGCGGUGAUUUAGAAAAUUGUGAUUUUCGAAUUGUCUGGGGUUAGAAAUUGACUCUGCUUGAAAUAACUGGGCUAAAAAUUAUGACCUGAGGCAUUUGCAAACGAAAAAAAGUCUAAUUUUGAUGAAAAAUCAGCAAUUUUUUCUAUUUUCUGUCCAAAAAGGUUCAAAAUUCGUCUUUUUUCGACCCCUCAGGGCAGAAAAUUUAUUCCACUCACUUCUCCGCUCCUUUUCAGAAUGACGGUCAUCCGGAUUACCGCAAUCAAACGGGUCAAAUGGACGAUCUGGUGUCGGUCCGAAGCGACGGCCAGGUGGGGACGGGCCAGACCGUCACCACACAGGCGAAUGCGCAGCCCGGCGCGCCCGCACAGGUGCAAAUACCGUUGGGCGGGCAGCCGGCGUUCAUGCGGUCGAACAAUCGAGCGGCCGCACCGUUUAUGCGGCACGGCCGAAUGCACAACAACUACAACAACACGAUGGGGAAUCAAGCAAGGUAGGCGGGAAUGGAGUGCGAUUUGAGCAGCGUCGUCGUCCUCUUGUUGAGCGUUCCGCUGUUGGCUAGCUGAAGAGAGAGGGGAGCUGGGAUUGGCAUGAGCAAGGUUUCUAGAGUUGGCAGGCUGCGCCCAGAGAUUAAAGGAGAAAAUUGGUGACUUGUAGGUGGAUUUAUAACACAUAAAAUACAACGCACCCACCCGUUAUUACGUAUUUUACCAUUUUUUUACUAUUUUAGCAAUAUAUCAAAAAAUUUUUUGGCGAGCUGCGCCCUAUGUUCACCUUUUUACAUGCGAGAAAGUUAUCAAAAAUAGUGUUUAAAAACUUUAAUGCUUUGCUUCCCGUAUUUUACUGUUUUAUUACCCCGUUUUGCUUGAGUUUAGCGAUAUUUUCAUCUGGCAGGCUGCGCCCAGCCUUUCAAUGGCAGAGUUAAGAUGAUUUCAAAAAUCUACGUAAAAAGAUGGAAAAAUGACACAAGCGUAUUUUAAAAAUUUCUUAUUCCGAUUUUCCAUAAAUUGGAGACCCCGCAGCCUGCGCCCUAGGAUAAAAAAGAUUGAGCCGAAUAAAGCGAAACAGAGCCCAAAUUGAAGCCAAAUAUAUCACAAUCUCAUGCCAACCCAUUCCCCUCGUUGUCCUGCUGUUCGUCCUCCAUUUUGCGACCAUAAAUGGGCUAAUCCCACGAGUAUAACACAAUAAAACUUCCAUUGCAUGUCUUCUCCUUUUCUAUCGCCUAACCCCCCAAUGCCCUCGAGGCUCUAACCCUCGCACCUGACGUGUCCAACGAUUGGCUUUUGUACUCGCACCGUUUUUCUCGCCAUUUUUCUGAAUAUUUUGCUCUAGACGCCCCACCGAAAGCCCAAAACCGGCCGAAAUCCCGAUCAUCAUCGCGGAUGAUCAGCUGUGAGAAAAGGUAGUUGUUGCUGUCCCCUCUCUCCGCCUAACACCCCCCUUCUUCCAUACUCACGCUAUCUUGUCCGCUUAAACGGCUGUAUUCUUUCUAGAUGGUUGAAAAAUGGGAAUUUAAGGGGGAUUUUGGAAAUUUGGAUGGUUUUUUUUUGAUUUUUAUUGGCCUAGGGACUUUAUAGAAUACUAGAAGAUCAAGAAAGACUGGAAAAAAUUUUUGGGAUUUUUUGAAAUUUUUUGGAAUUUUUCAAAAUUUUAUUAAAAUUUAUUAAAAUAUCUGGUCGAACAUGUUCACCAUGAAUUUCUCAAAAUUUUUUUAUUUUUUAAAAUACGAUUUUUUUACUUUUCCUGUUGUUUUUUACUUUUUUUUGUAAAAAAAUCAAAAAAUUCCAAAAAUUCAUUUAUCUCUCAAAAUUUUAAGAUACGAGCAUGCCAUCAAAAACAAAGAAUAAAACCAAAGAAAAUCAAUAAAUAUAUAGCUCCAUGUUUGUGCUGGUGGAUAUUGUCGAGUACGGUUGUGGAGACAGCUUGAUGGUGGCUGCGAAAACGAAAUAAUUUUGUCGUAUUUUUUAUUAGGCCCUCCUUGACAAAAGCCGCCACAAUCACCGCGUCGGCCGUGCCGGAGACGGCGGAAGAGACUUGACCCGAAAACAGAGAGAGAGAGAGAGAGAGACUUGACCCAUUUGAGCUUCGGUUUUAAAAUAUUGACGUGAGGACUCUUUUCCGUUAUUUUAAUCUUAUCACUGCGCUUUGUUUGACGUGGGUCUGUCUAUUUUUACAUUAUAUUCUCAUAGCCUAAGGGGGUUUUCAAAACAAUUUUAGAUAAGAUUUUUUUUAUUUUUUGUAGAAUUCUGCAUAACGCGGUCGAAAAAAGUAAUUUAAAGGCUUAGAAAAAUGUAAUUUUUAGCUAAAAAGUCACAGUUGUUACUACAAGCAAAAAUUUUUGUAACGUCUUACAAAAUUUGGCCAAGUUUAAUCAAAACAUGUUCAAAAUAUGAUAUAUUUUUUUGUAAAAUACGCGAUUACUCUAUGUGACAAAAAAAUCAAGCCGUGUUUUUUGGAAAAAAAUUGAUUUUUUUCAUACAAAUUUUCCAAGAAAAAAAUCAACUUUUGCACUUCACAGGACCUCUAUCCACGCUCUUCUUCAAUAGUCAUCCAAUUCUUGCCGUCUCGCUUUUCCUCCUCCCCAUUUUCACCCAAAUCUGGCCAUCUCUUGCCUCCGCCAGCCCUUCCAUUCAUUCCUAAUCCCUCCGCAUUUCUUCAGGCUGAUUUCGGACACGGACACGGUGAAGCACCAGAUCCCCCACAUCACCACGCAAGAGGUGCCGGACGCGAACGGUGGGAGUCAGCCCUCGUCGCCGCCGCCCGCCCCCACCACCAACACCACCACGCCCACGCCACGCACGCUGCACCAUCGGACGACGGCCGCCUCGGUGGAAGUGAACGGCGGCCAUCACAACGGGCAUGGCUAUAGGCACGCCACCGACAUGUGACUAGGCGAUUGGGUGGUGGUCGGGUUCGUCGUCCAGCUCUUCCUCAAUCUGGCGGUCUUGCUAGGCUUUCGGUAAUAUUUACCCAUGCAAUGUAAGUGCAAUAUAAAAAAAUGGUUUUAUGGGUAAGAUACGAUGAAGUCACUGAAAUAGGAUGUCAAUAGAGAAAACUAGAAGCAUGAAGAUUAAUGUAGUUUACGAAAUUUUUUGAGUUCUACUUUUGCACAGUGCAAAAAUUAAGAUUUUGCUUUUUGCACUGUGCAAGGCAAAAGUCAUGUAAAUUCAUAGCGAAAUUGGAUUCAAAUGUGGAAUCCGGUGUUAUAAGAGGUCACACCAAAGCGCCUUGAAGCAUUUUGGCUCCGUUUAAUUAUCAUUUUUUUCUUUGCACGCUGCGAAAAUUUCAAUUUUUCAUUUCGCACAGUGCUGCGCGGAAAAUUGGAGUUUCGCACUGUGCGAUAGCAAUUCUAUGACAAAUCUUUUACUGAUCUGUUCAUUUUGUCCCACAAGACGCAUUUAUUACACAGGGCCUUUAAAUUUUUGCACUGCACAGUGCAAUGAUCUCAAAUUUGUAAAAUGCACAGUGCAGUAAGCAUAAAAGGCAAUUUUUUUUUAUUUUUGCACAGAGAACUUGUCACAUCAAAAAGCAACAAACACUGCAGCAUAACUUAAUGAGAUCAUGAUAUUUUUCAGUUUUUUUAACCUAUUUUUUGAUAGUUGCACCGUGCGAAAUUCAUUUUUGAGUUUUUUUAUGAUGCAUUUUCACGUUGCAAAUUCAUUUUUACCUUAAUUUUGUCUUUUUUUACCUUGAAAGAUUCAAUAAUGUCUUGAUAGAAGCAGAUGUCGUAUUUUACCUCAAAAUGGGAAGAAAUUUACAUAUUUUCUUUUACUGCACUGUGCAAAAAACAUUUAGUUUUUUUGCACUGUGCAAUAUUUGAAAAAAACAAAUUUUUGAAGUAAAAAAAUUACUGUAACAAUUCGACUUUCAGACUCAUCCACGAUUACUACACAACCCCCUUGUACUUUGCACAGGACUUGUAA